ACUACAAUGGAAGAUGCAGAAAGCCCUACGAUGGAGUGUUUCAUCUGCAGAGAAGAGAUAGUGUUUAUCUUACUAAUUAGGCUUCUUUGUGGGCACUAUUACUGUCGCGAGUGUCUGGGGAGAAGAUUUCAAGUAGCAGCAGAUGACAGGAGACUUUAUCCACCUCGUUGCUGCGAUACCAAGAUAUCCUCGAGAACGUACGGGUCUCGCAUCGACUACCAUAUCCUAAAAGAUUAUCUGUACAAGAAGAUAGAGUGGGACACAAAGGAUCCAACUUACUGCUCCAAUGAUCGAUGUGGCAAAUUUGUACGACCGAAUAACAUCCGAGGUCAGGAUGCAAAAUGUCCAUGUGGAGUCCAAACUUGUACACGAUGCAAGAGAAGAUCUCACCAGGGUGAUCUGGAAUGUAAUGGGCCCAUUGAUACUGCACUUCAAGCAACUCUGAGACUCAUGAGACAGAGACGUUGGAAACGAUGUCCAAAUUGCCACACUGGCAUUGAAAGAAUCCGGGGCUGCUCACGUAUG